CUCUAUUUGGCUGUUAAUUGAUUUCCGAUCGCCGCCAACCCCAAAUUUAUAAGAAAAUUCCAGAGCGCUCAGACCAUUUUUGAGCUUCAUUUCUCGUGUUAAUGGCGACGAUUUCCCUUAAAACCCUCACUUCCUCCAAUGUCAUAUAUAGAUCCUCUGAAACCAGGCCUUUGGCUCGUGAAAGCGUUAGAAUCUGGUGCCCGAGAGGCUCUGGUUCUGUUCGAGCUGUUUUUAAGGGGAUUCAAGCCAUGAAGAGCUUCUCUAUUGUUAAGUGCUCCAAGAUGGAUGGGAAUGGUGCUCCGACAAAAACAACUCUCCAUGACCUCUAUGAGAAGCAAGGCCAAAGUCCAUGGUACGAUAACCUUUGUCGCCCUGUCACGGAUUUGAAGCCAUUGAUUGCAAGUGGAGUUAGAGGAGUCACUAGCAAUCCAACGAUCUUCCAAAAUGCCAUUUCAUCUUCAUCUGCAUAUGAUGACCAAUUUAGGCAAUUAAACGAAGCUGGAAAAGACAUUGAGAGUGCAUACUGGGAGCUUGUGAUUAAGGAUAUUCAGGAUGCCUGCAAGCUUUUCGAGCCAAUUUAUGACGGGACCGAUGGGGCCGAUGGCUAUGUUUCAGUUGAGGUUUCUCCCAAACUUGCACACGAGACUGAAGGAACAAUAGAGGCUGCCAAGUGGCUCUACAAAGUGGUUGAUCGCCCUAAUGUAUACAUAAAGAUUCCAGCAACUGCAGAUUGUGUUCCUUCGAUAAAGGAAGUGAUUUCAAAUGGAAUAAGUGUCAAUGUAACUCUUAUUUUCUCUCUCCCAAGAUACGAAGCUGUCAUUGAUGCUUAUUUAGAUGGGCUUGAGUCCUCAGGCCUCAGUGAUCUUUCUAGGGUCACAAGUGUGGCCUCAUUUUUUGUCAGCCGUGUGGACACACUUAUUGACAAGAUGCUCGAAAAGAUUGGCACACCGGAAGCUCUUGCACUUCGAGGCAAGGCUGCAGUGGCACAAGCGACCUUGGCAUAUAAAUUGUAUCAAGAGAAAUUUUCGGGGCCACGAUGGGAGUCAUUAGUUAAGAAAGGCGCAAAGAAGCAGAGGUUGCUUUGGGCCUCGACAAGUGUGAAAAACCCAGCAUACCCAGACACGCUCUAUGUCAACCCUCUAAUUGGCCCUGAUACCGUCUCGACCAUGCCUGACAAGGCCCUCCAAGCCUUCUUGGACCAUGGAGUAGUUUCUCGCACUAUUGAUUCAAAUGUGGAGCAGGCGAAGGCUGUGUACAGUGCCCUUGAAAAGUUGGGGAUCGAUUGGAGUGAGGUUGGGUCUCAGCUCGAAGAUGAUGGCGUAAGUUCUUUCAUGAAGAGCUUCGAUAGCCUACUUCUCACUCUACAAGACAAGGCCGACAAGCUCAAACUGGUCAGCAUCUAGGCCGGCUCCAUCUAGUCCAGCGUAGUGUGUGUUUGUUUGUCCUCUUUCUUAUAUGUUGUAGUGUAAAUAUAGUGAUUAUAUUUGAUAAUUUCUGUUCGUGGUUUGGAGGCUCUUUAGAACAGCUUUUGGUGUUAGGGAGAGGGGACUGAAGCUUUUAAUUAUAAUUAUAAUGAUUGUGGCUCCUCUCUCUCUC